AUGACCAAGCCUCCCACGAGAAGACGCUUGAUGAGUGGCGAAAAGUACUUCAUGAUAGCUGUACUUGGAGUUACUUGGCCUUACGUGUACGCAAACCUGACCGUUGAUGAGGCGACCACGAAACUUGUCGUCCUCGGCUCUAGCUACAAGAAGUACACGGCGCCGUCCCAAGCCGGUGAACCAGCGCAAGUUUACCUCGACAUGAAUUUAUUGAACGUGGACCCACUCUCUGGCGCGGAAAGUGAAUUCGGCCUGGUGGCGCUGGUACGGUUGAGGUGGCACGACCCGCGACUCAACCUGACCUUCUUCAAGAAGAACAGCUUCGUGGCGCUGCCCGCCUACCUGGAGGACGAGAUCUGGACUCCGCGUGUGGCCUUUCUCGACGCCAGCGAGGUGCGUCUGCUGGCCGCCACAGCUGACGACGCCUCGCGCAUCACUCGCGUUUCCGAGGACGGCACCAUUGCAGACACACGCAGGUAUGUGUUCAGAGUGUCCUGUGCCAUAAACUUGGAUCUCUACCCCCUGGACACACAGCGUUGUCCUUUCAGGAUAAAGUUGCAGGGUCACAAAGAAUCAACGGUACAGCUGCAGUGGAUCAACGCGUUCAAGACUGGCGAGGAAAACGUGCUCUGGUUACGCGGUGCUCGCUUACACACCAUCACGCUGAACACGAGCGAGCAGACACUCGAUUCAAUCGCAGGCCCCCAGCGCUGCCUGUUGUUGCAAUUCGCGUUCGGCCGUAACCCGUGGCCGCACUUGCUGAGCACGUGGCUCCCGUCGGCCAUGUUGGUGCCCGUGGCCUGGGCUCGCCUGUGGUUACCUGGCGGCGGCCUGUUCCUGCCCUGCGCUGCCCUGGCCGGUCUGACGCUGCAUACCACGCAGUUCAAGGCAAUGCUGCAUGGACACGACCUGCUGACCGCCAUGGACGUCUGGCUGUUGCUCUGCCUGGGAUUCGUGCUCGGCGCCUUCUUCGACUACCUGAUCGUCUGCAACGCAAACCAGCGGACGUGGAGCGUGCAAAAACUGGCCGAGGACGCCGCUGCGGACGACUGGAGCCGCAUCUCUGACCAGGUGUACGUGGCCGACGGUUACCGACUCACACACGAAGCCGGCACCCAGACGCCGCCGGACAUCGGGCUGGACGAGGCGCGACACGAUCGCCGCGCCUGGAUUGUCUUCGUCUUCGGAUUCCCGCCGGGCCCGUUCGACGCCAAAGCUAUGGCAGCGUGGCCGCUGGGAUAUCAUGUCUGCGGAUUGCUUUUAACGUCAUGCCAUAUUGCUACAAUCAGUACGAUGGGAUUUGAGGAGCCAGGGCCUCUGGGUGACUACCGCCCAUUCUGCAGCAGGUACCGUUGCUGUCCUCUGGAGCCGAACCGCAUGAGCAUGGACUGCUCGGCCCGGAACGCCUCCGAGCUCCAGGAAGUCUCGAUUCCACCGCCGAUCCGGUCUCUGUCUCUGAGGCACAACCGCAUCUCGCAGCUCCAGCAAGGCUCCUUCGCAAUGGCGCCCACGCUUUCGAGGCUGGACCUGUCGUUCAACAAGAUAGACUCCAUCUCGCAGGGAUGGUGGACGUUGGGCAGCGUUAACCGCGCCAACGCGACGUCGAGACUCCGGUCCCUCUCACUGGCCAACAACGCGGUGCAAAGCGUCAACAGCUCCUCCCUCGACGGACUGAGCACGCUCGUGGCACUCGACCUGAGCUACAACCGGAUACGAGUCCUCAGAGGAGAGAGCUUCGCGGGACUGACGAACCUCGAGGAGCUCGUGGUGGACCACAAUCCGAUAUACUACGUGCGGGGCGACGCGUUCGCGUCUCUGCCGCAACUUCGCGAACUUCAAAUGAACUAUCUGGCUCGUCUAAUAGUUCCUCCAACCGCCUUUCGGUUCGUACCCGCCAUCACGACUCUGGGGAUGGCCGGAAACAAGCUUGAAGUUGUACCCGAGCGAUGCUUGCAGAGCCUCAAGUCGCUGAGGUCGCUUGAUUUGAGCAGGAAUCCGUUGCGAGCCAUCACCGAUUCGAGCCUGCGAGGGCUGCCGAGCCUGAGUAUGCUGCGCCUCAACGACCUUCACGAGCUGAGCAAGGUGGAGGCGCACGCCUUCGGAGCCCUGCCCCACCUGAAGGAGCUGCACCUGAGCUACAAUCCCAAGCUGGCGGAGUUGGAACCGGACGCCUUCUAUGACGAGGAGCACAAGCGGACCGUUCAGCUUAACGAGCUUCAUGUGCACCACACGGGCCUGCGUAGCCUUUCCUCGAAACUGCAGGAUUGGAGCCGGAUCGUGGACGCGGACCUGAGCGAGAACGCCUGGAGAUGCGCGGCGCCACUCAGCUUGGAAGGUCGUCCCGUGGGUGACUUACGGCCGUACGAGUUCUCGUGCGAAGACGCCGACUCGCCCAAGCUCACCUCUUCUAUCGUCAUGCUGUGCGCCCUCGUCGUGUCGGCGGCAGCCGCCUCCAUCGGAGCGACCAUUUACAAGUGCGUCUCGCGAAGAGACGAGCGAGUCUACAGACGCGUUCCCGAAACUGCGGAAGCCGAAAGUGUGGCCUGCGCAGAAGCGGUGCUUUAG